AUGGCUUCAUAUCUGAUCACCGGCGCCUCCCGUGGUCUCGGGUUUGAAAUGACCCGUCAACUUCUUUCCCUCCCGGUUUCACAAGUCAACAAAGUCUUCGCAACAACACGAGCUGAUGCUCCUGGACUUAAUGAACUUGCACAGAAGUCCGCUGGCCGACUGGUGGUUGUCGAACUUGAUGUUUCAAAGGAAGCAACUAUUAAAGAAGCUGCAAAGGAAGUAGAUGCCAAUUUGCUCGGCAGGGGAUUGGACGUUCUGAUCAAUAAUGCGGGAACGAUGCCAUGGUCUCCGAAUGGAGUUGUCACUAUGGAUAACCUCGAUGACACAUUUAUCACCAAUGUGCUCGGUGUCCAUUGGGUGACCCAGGCGUUCUUCCCACUCCUCCAAAAAGGCAACUUGAAAAAAGUUGCAAACAUAACCUCUACCUUGGGCUCCAUCGCCAUGGCUCCCCAAUAUGCUGCUGGACCUACCCCAGCCUACAAAGUCACGAAGACUGCUUUGAACUCCCUUACCGUUCAAUACGCCAUCGGAUACCAGAAAGAAGGCUUCACUUUCUUUGCUAUUAGCCCAGGCUGGCUGAAAACCGAUCUCGGGAGUCAAAACGCGGAUUUGCCUGUUGAGGUAGGCGCUAAGGCUACUCUGGACAAGAUUAUUGGUGCGGGGAAGGAGCAGAAUGGACAGUUUUUGAAUAUUCAUGUUGAAGGGUCGGAGAAGAAGGAGGGGCCGAACCAAUAUGAUGGGGCCAAUCCCCCUUGGUAA